AUGGAUGACUAUGCCAGUGCCUUCUCCAAGCUGACUUCAAUUGAGAGCAACUGGAGGAUCGCGGACCUAACUGCCACCAUUGGGGCAGAACUUAUUGAUGGACUGACCGCACUGCUUGACCUCAAGGCCCCUACCCCUCAGGAACUACCAGUAGAAGUACCAGGCGAUUUUCAUCCCGAUUCCGAGUGCGGAACUGUGGCGAAGCUGGUUCACAGUGUGGCCCGAGUAGCCGCGGGUGUGUCACGCGUGGUGGACACCGAGCAGAACGACGCGAAAAUCAACGCCAGGGACUACGAAGUGUGGAUUCGAGAGUCUCAAAGGCGAGGCUUCCUCGGCACAUCCGGCGGCAGCAGGGUUCGCGUCGAAGGCAGCGUCGACGCGCAAACGGCCAUAGUGUUCCCGUCUAAUCCAUUUCGAUGUCACGAGACGGCAAAGCUGAUAAACACCCAGGUUGUAGGCGUCGAGGCGGCACGAGGCCCCGCAGAAACUCCCUUCAGCGUCCGUGUUCCUACGGAGAGCUACUUGAAAAGGCCAACACCACUCGACUGGGACGGACACGCGGGCACCUACGAAACAUCGUUCUCAAACGUUUCCAUGCACGUGAUUAACGUGACCGAAGCAGGCGUGUUCUUGAAGAUCGACGUGUUCACCUUCGACGCCCAAACAAGAUUUAUAACCGCCGUCGUCUCUGGUCGACGUCCAUCCAGGUUGGACUUCCUCGAGCAGAACAGGUUUCAUCUUGCAAGCAACGUGCCGCACGAGAACCGAAUCGAAUUUGUCCAGAAGCCUGCCCUGGUCACGGUGGCUGUUAUACCGCUUACUAACAGUGCGAAAGCCAGGUUACUUGACCCGUAUCGCAGGAGGGGCGACGAGAACGGCAGCGCGACUUACACGAUGAAGUCGCACUUCUACAGCUGCCUUUUCUGGAACAACACGGAACAAGCGUACUCGAGUUCAGGAUGCCGCGUUCUCGCGGAUUCUGACGAACAGUUUGUUCACUGCGCUUGCGAGCACAACUCCAUUUUCGCGGGCGGAUUGUUCAUCGCUCCGCACCCGAUCGACUUCACCGAUUUGGGCUUCCUUCUGUUGACCAUGUCGAGCAACGUCGUGAUGACCGUAAUUAUAUCAGCGGUGUGGCUCGUCUAUUUGCUGGUCAUGGUGUGGGCCGCGAAGCAAGACGCGCUAGACGAAGGCGCCGCGGGCAUAGAGUACCUCGCAGAGAACGAGCAGGACGAUGCGUUUGGCUAUCUGGUAUCUGUCUACACGUGGUUCCUCAAGGGCUCUGGGACCACGAGCCGAGUGCUUCUCGUUGUCCACGGGUCUGACGAUGAAUCCCGUGAAGUGGUCCUUCGCGACGGCGCGCGAAACCCAUUGGCGCUUCAGGCCGGUGGCCGAGACUGGUACUUUCUAAGCCAUCCGUCAAGCCUUGGAGAUGUUGAGGUCAUUUCUUUGACCCUGGAGCUGAAGGGCUACGAGAGCUCCUGGCACUUGAGUACAGUUGUCGUGAGGGACCUUCAAACGGCCUCACAGGUGGUUUUCAUCGUCGACGACGUGCUGACUCCGGACGCAUACAAAGGAGCUUCGACCUUUACCCUCCACGUUGCCGACGAGGGGAGUCUUCGCAACCCGUGGCGAAUCUUCACCGCCAGAAUCAUCCGCUACUUUCGUGAGGAGCACCUCAUCUUCAGCAUUUUCAGCCGCUUGCCGACCAGCAAUUUCACUCGCAAGCAGCGUGCCUCGCUGGCCCUGCUGCUCGUCACCACGGGCAUGAUGGUGAGCCUCAUGUUCUACGGCCUGGACGCCGACGAAGAGGAAUACUUCAACUGGCGUAUCUUCUACACACUACUCGAGUUACCAACGCGGCGGGAGCUCGUCAUUGCCCUGCAGUCAACAAUCCUCGUCACGCCAUUCGCAUUCCUGGUCGUCUUUCUCUUAGAGAAGUCCCGGCCACUGGCAUUUCGACGAAAGCCUACAGUGCCCAAGGUGUACGUCGAAGACGUAGUGGAAGACUGGGUUCACGACACGGACACGUCUACCAAUUCAGCCAAAACGGGAAAGGUGCCCAGGGAGCGUCUGACGAGCAAUGUGCAGCUGCCGCUGUUCCCAACCUGGGUCUCCGUAUUCGCCUGGCUCCUCUGUUUGUCAGCUUCCCUGGUCGCCUCGGUGCUCGUCAUACUCUACGGCUUGACGUACGGUUACCGUCGAAGUCUGUCGUGGGUGCGCUGCAACUUCAUCAACAUGCUCCUGGGUGAAUUUGUGGUGAGCCCGCUGAAGAUCCUGUGCCUUUCGGCAGUCAUGGCUUGCGUGCUGAAGGCGCCUGUAGAGAUGGAGAAUAUACCGGUGCGCUUUAUCGAAUAGUCGCUACAAUCGAUUUUUGGGAGUGAUUUGGACUCAAGAUUUCAGAAUACCGCCUGUUGCGAAUCAUGUGACCCUGCUGGAAUCACGGAUCGUUCUUUCCCUCGAUUCGCCUUUUACUGUGCGCUAGGCAAACCCUCAAUGGAGUAGCAUGCAUUGUCUUCGCUUGAACACACACUUUACGAACGUUUCGAUAUUUGAAUGUGCUGCACUAUUGCCGAAGUAGGCAUGGCUAAGCUCAAUCUGUGGACACGCAACAUAUUCGUUUGGACUUGAGACAGUCGCACAACUCAUGCGCUACACCGCAUUACGGACAGCAAUAUUGGUGACAAAAUUAUGCAUAUCUUGGCUGGCAAUAAUAAAGUAUACUGAUUUAAAUGUUCCUAGGGGCUGCGCUAGAAGGAGACUGCGAGACCUUUGCCUCCAACUAAAUGACCAUUUAUUGCGAGAGUGACAUCAUGUUAGGACAAAGUAAAUUGAUAAAUAAAAGGCAGGGAGGUUAACCAGGACUCAGCCCCAUUGGCUACCCUUUAUUGGGAAGGAAAGAGGGCAGGAAACGAUUAGGAGAAGUAGCGAAAGUCCACUGCGGAUAUCGACGACGUGGUAGCAGUUUUCUGCUAUAUAUUACUGAUGGUCACUCAUACGGGAUCACAGGCGGCCACUCAAUCCGGUACCUUUCCAAGUUCGCAGCAGCGCUUUUGUGGCCUUUGGUAGCUGCGCCAUGCGAGGUGAUGGUCCCAAGAACUUGUCCAAGGUGAACGGUUUCCUAUCUAACUGAUUUAUAGCUGUGCAGAGGUCGUCUUCCAUUUUUAAAAGAUGGGCAGUAGCGCAGUAGAUGUUCUACUGUGUCCUCGACACCACAGGCAUUGCACUCGACGCUAUCAGCCACAUCAAUCAUACAAUUUUACGCAUUGGUGAAUGCAACACCCAAGCGUAAGCGGUACAACAUUGUUUCCUCACUUCGCAGGAGUCAGCCAAUGUGCGACUUGCUAUAGUGCAGACGAAAGAGAACGCAUAUUAAUCACGUUCGACAGAACGAACAGACGACAGCGAACCAUAACCGUCUGGGGAGUUGUAAAUGCUGCACUUUUUUCGAUAUGCUUACGUUAUAAAAAAACAGUGCGAUCGCACAAUUAUGUAAAACGUGUGGUAACUGAAUUUAUCUUUCUAGGUUUCCAGUUGAGCGCCCAAGAACGCAAACUCAUUAACCUAUGGUGCUAGCACCACUUCUGUUUUAUUCGUCCUCAAAUCUUGUCAGAAACAACAAAGGUGUUCCACUUUCACCUGCAUUAUUUGACGCAAGCUUCUUGGAGCUCUCUUAAGUGCAACUCACAUUAGUUGUUAGCAAUGUUUGGUGAGGAGUACCGAGUAAGUAGGGCUAUCUGCCACUUCGCGACUCACAAGAAAGUGCCCAUUUUAUGAAGAAGGUAAAUGACAUGUGUUGCUAAUAAAUUAUCCUGUCUUCACAACGCAUUUAUUGUAAAUUGAA